AUUGGUCCACAUGACUGUUGGAUAAGGAAGUGUUUCGGUCGUCAAGUGAAGUUUCUCGGCACACCAGUCGGACCUGCGAACACCCCAGUAAGGAUGGCGCUCCGGGCAGCUAGUAACCGCUUACUGUAUUUCCAGAGGACAUGUUUUAAGGUCAACGCCCUUGGAACUCACCUGGCUGUCAGAUUCAAGGCAACCUGUCCUGUUGAAGUGAGCCAUCUAGAUCAUUUGGUGUUGACGGUAAAAAGUGUGCCAGAUACAAUCAACUUUUAUACAUCAGUUCUUGGAAUGGAGGUUGUCACUUUUAAGGGGAACCGUAAAGCUCUGGGUUUUGGGAAACAAAAGUUUAACCUUCACCAGUUGGGCAAAGAGUUUGAACCAAAAGCUAAACGUCCAACUUCAGGCUCUGCAGACCUGUGUCUCAUCACCAAAACCCCUCUGACUGCAGUAGCUGCUCAUCUGAAGGUUUGUGGUGUUGAAAUUGAAGAGGGACCAGUGCAGAGGAGUGGAGCUGUGGGACCCAUCACCUCCCUUUACUUCAGAGAUCCAGACCACAAUCUCAUUGAAGUGUCAAACUACAACCAGUCUGCACCAGACGGCUCCUCUUGAACCUUUUAGUGAGCAUGUCUGCCAAAAAAAUCAACUAGACCGCUGCGGCUGAUCCAGAACGCUGCUGCACGUGUUCUCACUAAAACUAGGAAGUUAGAGCACAUCACCCCAGUUCUAAAGUCCUUACAUUGGUUCAGUGUAGCUCAGAAAUUAGACUUUAAAAUACUGUUGUAAGUUUAUAAAUCAAUCAACAGCUUAGCACCACAAUACAUUAAAGAUCUCCUGUUGUUGUAUCAAUCUUCCAGAUCACUCAGGUCUUGUGGUUCUGGUCUGCAUAGAUGCUUCUCCAAAACCAAACAUGGAGAAGCUUUUAUGCACCAAAAAUCUGGAACAAACCUGUAAAACAGCCGAAACACUAAGUUCCUUUAAAUCUAGACUCAAAACCCACCUGUUUAGAGUAGCUUCUGAAACAUUAUAAAUGAAACAAUCAACAUGUUGAUGUGUAAUAACGGCACUUGAAAAAAUUUAAUGCUUCAAUUGUUGACUGUGUGUUCUAUGACUUUGUAUUUUGGUGUUUUUAUGAUGUAAAGCACUUUGAACUGCCUUGUUGCUUAAAUGUUCUAUACAAAUAAACUU